AUGGUGCCCAAUGAAACCCAGCAGUUCAUUGGUAUUAUUCACUUGCUCAGGCAUUUUGGAUGGGUCUGGAUUGGGCUGUUUGUUGUGGAUGACAAUAGUGGAGAGAAUUUCUUGCAGCUCAUGGAAGUCUUCUUUGCCCAGAAUCAAAUCUGUUCAGCCUUCACCAGAAGAAUUCCAAAUCAAGUUCACUUUUUCACCGAUGAUGAAAUGACUCUUUUGGCCUGGCAGAUAUAUCUCCCGUUGGUAGAAAUUAAAGUCAACACAUUAAUCCUUUAUGGUGAAACUUUGACUAUGAUGUUUUUCAUCACUUUAAUGUCCAUGGCAAAUCCUGACUAUCUUACUAACUCAACUGGAAAAGUGUGGAUCACGACAGCCCAGAUUGAUUUCUCAGUAACCUUAUUGAUGAGGAAGUGGAGUCCAUUCCUUUCCCUAUUCAAUGGAUCCAUUUCUUUCCAAAUUCAUUCUAAUCAACAUCUUAGAUUUCAGGCAUACACUCAGAAUUUAAAACCUUUUGAGGCACAAAGUGAUGGUUUUGUCAAGAACUUUUGGGAACAAGCUUUCAGUUGCUUAUAUCCUGAUCCCCAGGUGCCAAUAGACCAGAGUGAACUAUGUUCCGGGGAAGAAAGAUUAGAAAGCCUUCCUUGGUAUGUCUAUGAAAUGGCCAUGAGUGGCCACAGUUACAGUAUUUACAAUGCGAUCUAUGCUGUGGCACAUGCUUUGCAUUCCCUAUAUAAAUCCAAGACCAGAACAAUGGGGAAGGGUAAAAUACUUCAGGAUCUCCAGGCAUGGCAGCUUCACAUCUUUCUUAAAGGCAUCUCAUUCAACAGCACAGUUGGGGAAAAGAUCUCCCUUAAUGGUAAAGGGGAAAUAGUUGCUGGAUUUGAUAUAACAAAUGUGCUCAUCUUCCCCAACAACACCUUCCUUCGGGUGAAAGUGGGAAGAGUGGAUCCUAGCACUGUGGAAGGGCAAGAAUUUAUCAUCAACGAGGAGAAGAUUUUGUGGCACAGCCAUUUCAACCAGGUGCUUCCCCUUUCUUUAUGUGGUAGUUCUUGUCAUCCUGGUUACCAGAAGAGGAAACAAGAAGGAAAUAAAUUUUGCUGCUAUGAUUGUGUUCCAUGCCCUGAGGGGAAAAUUUCUAAGUGGAAAGAUGUGGAUGACUGUGUUAAAUGCACAGAAAAACAAUAUCCAAGCAAGGACAAAGACAAAUGCCUCCUCAAAGAAAUAAUCUUCCUCUCAUAUGAUGAAACCUUAGGGAUGAGUUUAGCCUCAGUGGCUGUUUCUCUGAGUGUAGUCACAGCUUCUGUGCUUGCAACUUUUAUUAAACACAGAGAUACUCUCAUAGUUAAAGCCAAUAAUCGGGAUCUUACCUACACUCUCCUUACUUCACUUCUGCUCUGCUUCAUCUGUUCUCUGCUCUUCCUUGGACAACCUGGAGAAAUAACCUGCCAUCUGCAACAAUCAACGUUUGGUAUCAUUUUUGCUGUGUCUGUGUCUUGUGUGUUAGCCAAAACCAUCACGGUGGUUGUGGCUUUCAUGGCCACAAAGCCAGGGUCCAACAUGAGGAAGUGGGUGGGGAAAAGAUUGGCCAACUUCAUUGUCCUCUCCUGCUCUCUCAUUCAAGUAGUUGUUUGUGCCACUUGGCAAGGAAUAUUUCCUUCAUUCCCAGAUUUGGACAUGCAGUCAGAAACUAGAGGAAUCAUAGUCAGAUGCAAUGUGGGAUCUGCCAUCAUGUUUUAUCUUGUCUUGGGCUACCUUGGACUUCUGUCCAUCAUCAGUUUUAUGGUGGCCUUUCUAGCCAGGAAGUUGCCAGACACUUUCAAUGAAGCCAGAUUCAUCACCUUCAGCAUGCUGAUAUUUUGCAGUGUUUGGCUGUCUUUUGUUCCAUCCUAUUUGAGCACCAAAGGGAAAUAUAUGGUAGCUGUGGAGAUCUUUUCCAUCUUAGCCUCUAGUGCUGGGUUACUUGGCUGUAUCUUUUUUCCCAAAUGUUACAUUAUUUUACUAAGGCCUGACUUGAACACAAGACAGCAGCUACUGAAGAGAAAGAAUUAG